CUGGAUGGCUGAGGAACAGAAAAAGAAAAGCAUCAAGAUCCAACGUCAAGCCAAAAUCUGCCGCAUAGUGCCUGGACCUUCUUUCAUCUUUAUUCGUCACACGUACCACGUCGACCCUCGAAACGGAGCCCAUCCAAACUUCCACCCCCACCAACACCAUGGCAUCAGUGGAUACACACGGCGGCAACCCGGACCCGGCGUCGACGGCGCCGGCCUUCAUCCCGCUAGAGGCCAACCCGGAGCUGAUGAGUAGCCUCCUCCACAAACUGGGCUUGUCGCCGGCACUACAGAUGCACGACGUGUACUCGCUCCAGGACCCUGAGCUGCUGGCCUUCAUCCCGCGCCCGGCCCUGGCCCUGCUACUGGUGUUCCCCGUCUCGGCCGCGUACGAGUCUCACCGUCUCGCCGAGGACGCCACCGCAUCCGAGUACGCCGGCAAGGGCGACGGCGAGCGCGUCGUCUGGUUCAAGCAGACCAUCCGCAAUGCCUGCGGCCUGAUGGGCUUGCUGCACGCUACUGCCAAUGGGCCUGCGAGGGGUUUCAUCGAAGCAAACUCGGACCUAGACAAGCUCAUCAAGUCCGCCAUCCCGCUCGCGCCGGCGGAGCGGUCGCUCCUCCUGGAGCGGGACCCGAGCCUGGCGCGGGCGCACCACUCGGCGGCGUCGCAGGGUGCCACGGCGGCGCCCGACGCGCAGGACGACAUCGAUCUGCACUACGUGUGCUUCGUCCGGACCGAGGACGGUGAGCUGUGGGAGCUGGACGGGCGGCGCAAGGGCCCCAUCGCUCGGGGCGCGCUGGGCGAGGGGGAGGACGUGUUGUCGGCCAAGGCGCUCACGCUGGGGCCGCUCAAGUUCCUGGAGAGGGAGGGGGCGGAUCUGAGGUUCAGCUGCGUUGCGUUGGCCGGGAGCUUGGAGUGAGGAUGAUGACAAUGGAGGUGAGAAGGGCUAGGGCCCAUAUUCGGAUUGGGGCUCCCUCUGGAUGGCAUGGGCAUUGGAGUUCCUAAUCGUGGGUAAUCAUGAAGGUGUCAG